ACUAAAAGAGCUGUCUUCUUAAAAAAUCAAAAACUUAAAAUGUCGUUAGUGUCGACUAAGAACUUUUUCAUAGUGGGCCUUUUUCUAAUCUUCUUUCAGCCGAAAACCAAUGCCAAUUUUAACCCUUUUCAACUAGUUAUUCCUCCAAACGUUCUUGAAGAUGCGGAAUUAGAUACGUUCCAACUGAUUAGUAAAUAUGGAUAUCCAGCUGAGAAUUACACAGUGCAGACCGAGGAUGGAUAUAUACUGGGUAUGGUUAGGAUCGCCCGUCCUGGAGCGAUCCCCGUUCUGAUGGUGCACGGACUGCUGGACAGCUCCGCCACUUGGGUGAUGAUGGGGCCAACAAAGUCCCUGGGGUACUUGCUAUACGAACAGGGCUACGAUGUCUGGAUGACCAAUGUGCGGGGGAAUACCUACUCGAAGAAACAUGUGCGUUACUCCACGCUUGACUCGGAGUUUUGGAACUUUUCGUUCCAUGAGAUGGGCUUGUAUGAUCUGCCCACCUCAAUUGACUUCGUGCUGAUGCAAACCGGAUUCAGUCAGCUGCACUAUGUGGGCCACUCCCAGGGAGCGGUGAUAUUUUGGGUCCUGGCCAGUGAGAAGCCCGAGUAUAUGGACAAGAUCCUGAUGAUGCAGGCUUUGGCGCCAGUGGCCUUCCUCACCCACUGUCGCAGUCCCAUUGUGAACUUUAUAGCCGCUCGGGAUGCAGCAGUGGCCUUCUUACUUAGAACGGCUGGAUUUAAUGAGUUCCUGCCCAGUAACAAUGUGAUAAACACAUUCAAGAGAAUUGUCUGCCACGACACGACCAUUUCCAACCAUAUCUGCCAGAACCUACUCUUCAUAAUUUUCGGAUUCAACAGGGAGCAGCUGAACGAGACGAUGAUUCCGAUCCUGGUGGGUCACACGCCGGCAGGAGCCUCCACCAAGCAGAUGCACCACUUCGGACAGCUGAGGAACUCCCGCAAGUUCCAGCUCUUCGACUACGGAUUGUGGAACCUCCUGUACUACGGAAGUCUCAGGCCACCUUCCUACAAACUCGAGAAUGUUAGAACCAAGGUGGCUCUAUAUUACGGCAACAACGACUGGCUGGCUCCGCCGGAGGAUGUGGAACUACUUUACCAGAGACUGCCCUAUGUUGUGGACAAAUAUGUCGUUCCAAAUAAGGACUUUAACCACUUGGACCUGAUCUGGGGCAUCGAUGCCAAGACACUUCUCUGGGACAGAAUGAUUCAAGUUAUGAAAAGUCAGGAACCAUACCCCGUAUACGACGAUUAUUCUGAUUAUAUUUUUAUCUAGAUUUGGUUUGUUGGAAAAAUGGGUCUACUUAAAAUUUGUUAGGUUGAGGGAUAGUAACAGUUAUCACGUUUAGGAAUAAUAAUGAUAAAUAAAUCUACCUA